UUUAACCUUAUGUGCCUAAAACCAUUGAAGUAUGACCUUGAAAAAAUAUCACCAGCCUUUGAGAGAAGGACUCACAAAAUAAACUUCUGUCGAUGAUCACAGAUGUCACAAAUCUGGAUUUUUCAUUGGCAUCUCAAAUGGAUUGGCUUCUAUAACCAGAAGAUGUUGCUGUGGUAUGUUACUGAUCCAACCCUAAAGAACUCAGGUGAAAAAGGGAAGACUGAUAUCUGAGUUUUCCCAGUCCUGAUAUGCAUAGGAAGUGAAGCUAUCAUCUGCCAUGCUUGGAAUUGGGAAAUUGUUUUGGGUCCUCUUCCUAGACCGAUACCUGGGUAUCUGGAGUACUGAUGGAGAAAAAUCAUGCCUUGAAAUCAGAGUUAAGAGAAAUUCUAUAUACACUGCCCAAGCAGGGCAAUCAGUUGACUUGGAAUGCCCUGUGAAAUACUGUGGCAAGAGACCUAACAUGACUUGGUGCAAGUUAAAUGCAACGUGUUUAAGUAUUGAAGAUAAACUUCAAGGACACAUGAGUUGGAUGAGUUGGAUGGAUAUUUCAGUUUUUGUUUUGCAUUUUAAUCAAGUGCGUGUUGAUGACACUGGAUCAUACCGCUGUUCUGCUCGUGCAACAAAUACAAGCGUGGAAAGCCACACAGUAACCCUCCAUGUGACAGAAAAAACUGAAAAUUGUUCAGAACGUUGUCUAGGAAAUAUAACAAGUGACUCAGGAACACUCUUCAAGAAAGAGAAGAUGGGCACACGCUGGAUCCUUCAUAGUUUGGUUGCUUUGGGGGGACUGCUCGUGCUCAUAACCUGUAUUUAUCUAUUCUACCGCCUAAGGAGGCACAAAGGGGAACAAAAGAAGUCUUCUGAUACAGCAGGAAGGGAAAUUAACUUGGUUAAUGUCCCCCAGAGCUUUAGUGGUGAACAAACUGAAGUGGACACCAGGCAAAAUUCCCAAGCACUACCAUCAGAAAUUGGGAUUUAUGAUAAUGAACCCUGGUCCAGGAUUCAGGAUGUAUCUGGGGUUUAUUCUAAUACAUUUGUGGAGGAAAACAGACAAGGCAUUGUUUAUGCUUCCCUGAACCAUUCGGUUAUUGGAAUGAACCCAAGACAGGAAACACAUGUGAAAGAAGCACCUACAGAAUAUGCAGCCAUAUGUGUGAGAAUCUAACUCUGGUCCUGAUCUCCAAUCAGCAUGACUACACCAUUGUCUGAGUCCAACAAAAUGUCAAAUGAUAUUCUUUGCCUUGAGAAGCUUCACUUUCAAGAUUUCCAUGUUGGUGCGUGGGUCUUAAGACUCCAUAGGACAGAUGAUUAAACUUUCUCCCAGAAAUGUCUUUGAAAGUCUCUUAUACUGUGAAUUUGAACAACAAAAUCUUCUCUCCAAAACUGAGCCAUAUCAUGAAUAAGAGAGCAUUUAAACUUAGUUACAUUUUAUCCAGUAUAAAAACUCAUUAUUUUCUUUCUUCCUGACAUGUAAGGAGGAGAGGUUUGUGUUAUCAGAAUCAGUUCACUACACACUCUUGAAAAUAAAGAAUGUAGUAAUUUUACUAACUAUAAAUACAGUGAUGAUAAUAUGUAUAUUUCCAAUAUAUUUCCAAUUGGUCUUGCAUAUAAGAACAAUUUCUCUGUUCAUCAAAUAUUGAAUCUCUUAAAUGUAAAGAAAAAAAUAACAGUAGACUUGAUGAGAAGAGUGGAAAGAAUAAAUGGAACAGUAGAGAUAUGAGUUACAGCAACUGUAUGUAGGGUAGAUGUUCCCCACACCUGAAAAACAAAUGCUUUCAUGUGCCCUGUUAGAUGGCUACACAAAUCCAGGUAGGAGUGAUUAAUAUAUGGUACAUUUAUAAGCCAAGUGGAGACUCGGUGUUUGGGGCACAUAGGCUAAUUAAUGUAUAUGAAUGUGACAUAAUGCUGCUAAAUUAAUAUACUUGUGGAUGUCAGAAUAAAUAUUAAAAUCUGUAAGAAGAGGUAUUGUAGCUAUCUGAUCAGGCAAAUGCAGAUUGAUAACUCAAAUUGCUUGAUGAGUAAUGCAAUAGCAAAUUAAGGUGCUAUUCAUGGAAUGGAGAAAAGAGUAUCUUGUUGACCAGUAUGGCCAAUAUACUUUCCUUCAUCACAUCUGUAUCUUGCUGUUCUUCUUACCAAAGAAUGAGGCAAAUGAGAAUGAAGUAUUAUAGUUUAAAGAUGAUUUGUUUUAAAAUACUGAGAUUGCAGCCACUUAAGUAUAUAGCAAGAAGAAAUGGUUUCCAAUGUCCUGAAUCUAAUUACUUCAAAAAUGGCCUACAACUUUAUUCAAUAGCUUGAGGGCAGUAGGACUUUCAGGUGCUGCUAUUAUGUAAUGCAAUAGGCCUCAUGCAGAGUGGAUAACAAAGACCAGGAUUCAUUUGAACAAAUAUGUGAGCUGCUGUGCUAAUGAAUGUGGGGUGUGUGUUAGAAUAGAGAAGCAAAUGUAAAAGGUAGGUGACUUACAGAAAUGGUAAAAUGACAAAAUUGGCAUUACAUUUCAGUUUAAUAAAGGAUCUCAAUGUAAAAAUAAUGUGUGAAAUUGUGGCAACGAAAAUAUGAAAUCCCAUAAAAACUUUUCUCCCCAAAAGACAAAACAGAUUUUGUGAUGGGGCUUUUUCUAUGUAACAGUGACAUUGACCUUUUAUCCCCUGGGUUAGAGUUAUGGGUGUUGUUUCAGAGUCACUCUUAUCUAAUCUAGAAUUUUAAGUAACCAAUUCUAGAUAGGGUCUUUCCAAGAAGCCAAAUUGACGGGCAAAAGAUAUAUUAGAAUAGAUGGCUGUGGUUGGUAUUCUUAAAUAGAAAUAGGAAGUAUGAUUGGGAGGGUACAUUUUGCUAUCUAUCAGACAAGCAGACAAAACAGAACUGUUUCUUUAUAAUUUUCCUGAAUUAAAAAAACAUUCUAUCUAUUAUUUAGAAUGUUCUUAACAAGUCUUGAAGUAAAUGUUGAUGACUUUUGCCUCUGUAAGUGAUUUAUAUUUGUACCAUGCUGUCAAAAUUGCAAAUUAUUUGUGUUUUUAUUCCUUC